AUGGCGGCGAACUUCCAACAACAAAUGGGCAUGGGCGGACCUGGGCAGAUGAUGCAGCAAAUGCAACAGCAGCAACAGCAGCAGCAGCAACGUCAGCAGCAAGGUCCGAAUGCAUCCGGUCAGAUUCAGCAGCUGAUUUUCCAAACCCUUAACCAGCAGACGGGACCUCUGAGCGGCUGGCAGGCUUCAGUGCAGAUUCAAGAGCGCAUGGGGCUGAUAUUCAACUUAAUUGGAAAUCUCCGUCUUGCAAGCCAAAGCCAGCCGAACCCUCCAGACUUGAAUCGAAUGAUCCAGAUUGGUAUCAGAUUCGAGAAAGAAAUCUUCGAGAAGUCCCCGAAUAAGGAUCAAUACAAACGUGAAGUUCAGAUGAAGUUGGAGCAGUUAAUGGAGAGACGGAAUCAAAAUCAGGCCAACAUGCAGCAGUCUAUUAAUCAACAGGCCCAAGCCCAAGCCCAAGCCCAGGCCCAGGCGCAGCAAGCUGUCCAGGCUCAACAGAUGAUGAUGAACCAGAAUAGCAUGCAGGGCCAGGGCCAGGGCCCGAGGCCCACCCCCCAACCUGCGCAACAGGGCUUUUCACAUCUUCAACAUCAGAUGCAAGCAUCCCCUCUUCCCGGACAGCAACCUCAGCAACAGGCCCCAAUGGGCAUGCAGCACCAAGGGCUUCCUCCGAACAUGACACCCAAUCAGCAGCAGCAAUUCCAAAUGUCUAUGCAGCAGAAUCAACCGCCACAGGGGCAGCAAAAUGUUCCUGGGAGGCAACCAAAUAGUCAACAACAGAUGUCAGCACAGGAUACUGCAUUGGUAAUGGAUCUGACGAAUAGGCUGAUGUCUCAGGCAUCGGAGGAGGAGAAGAAUACCACGAGGGCGUCACUACAAUCACGUAUGGAUCCGCAACAGUUCCAAAAGUAUCAGGCACAAGGCGUCGAUCCCCUUUUUCUAUACUAUCGGAACCAGGCUAUGCAUCGUUUACGCCAGGAGAAGCAGACGCGGCUGGCACAAGCGCAGCAGCUUGCGCAACAAGCGAACAUUCCUGGUGGAGCACCUAUGCAACAGCGAGGGUCUAUGAAUCCAAGUCCGCUGAAUGGACAGACUCAACCACCGACGUCGAUGGCCGGCAAUGGAGAUUUCGCAUCAUUCAUCAAUAUGGAGAAUCUCGCCGCUCAGCAGCAGCAACAAGGUGUAAUAGCGCAGGAAGCCGGGCAAAUGGUUGUACCAGCGAGCGUUGCCCCUCGAAAUGGAACCCCACAACCAGGCGUCAUGCCGGGCCAGGCGAUGAAUAUGAACGAUCAGCGAGGGGCAGCUAACCCCAAUCCCAGGGUUCAGCAACAGCAACAGCAACAAAUGCUCAAUGCCCAGCAAGUACAGCAACAAAGACUGCAGCAUGCUCAACAACAACAGCAGCAGCAACAGCAGCAGUCCCAAGUUCAAGCACGAAUGAAUGCUCAAAAACAAGCUCAGGCGCUUGGCCUCCAAGGACAACCCGGCGGAAUGGGAUCUGGCCCGAUGCCACCGCAACAGAGCCCCGCUAUGGGUACGCUUAAUACGCCCCUGAGGACUCCAUCUCAACAGAUGAACCCCGAGCCGCCACAAGUGAAUCCGAACGCCCAAUUUGGACAAUCACUUGAUCCACGGUUCAUACAAGGAAACCAGAGAGCACAAGGUCCAGGAAACGUGUUUCCCCCGGGAGGUUUGACUGCUACCAUGUUCGCCAAUAUGGCCCCAGAACAGCAGCAACGUCUAGCUACCUUACCCCAGGACAAGUUGAAUGAGGUAGUAAAUAAAUGGCACGAGCAAAGGCAACAACAGCUCAAUGGCAAUCUGCAAAGCGCGGGAAGGCCACAAAUGCCAAUGCAGCAAGUACACGGUCCGGUCCGGCCGGGUCCUCAAGUUCCACAGCCUGGCCAAUUCAAUCCCCAAAAUGGUGCCCCUUUUGGCAUGAUCCCAAAUCCAGGCCAACGAACUCCUCAGAACAUGACAGCUGGCAUGAAUACACAACAACAACUUCUCCUCCAACAACAAAUGAGCGCGAUGCGACAAAAUCCCAUGCAACAACGCGCCAUGCAGCAAACCAUGGGUCCCAAUGAGCAGCGUACUAUGGCCCAAAUGGAUACUUUCGAUAUUCCGCCUAUUUUCCGAGGCCAUACUUCCAUGCCGCAAGGUAUUCCUCCGGAAGUCAAGAAAUGGGGACAAUUGAAGCAAUGGGUUGCGUCAAGUCCAGGUUUGGGACCGGACAUGCUUGAAUCGAUGAAAGGACUUCAAAAGCUACACUACCAGACAAUGGUGAGGAGCAGAAAUCAGGCGCAGGGCCAACCAGGACAAGUGCAACCAGGCGGCCCAGGUGGUCAGAUUGGUAUGCCGACAGCCCCUCCAGGGUUAGCAGCUCCAGUUGCUCCUAUGGGUCAGCACCCAAUGCAAGUGCCGAACCCGAUGAAUGUUCCUUUACCGGGCGUUCGAGGACCGACCCCCCAAGAGAUCAUAAAUAUUCGAAAUCACCCCAGCGGCAAGAUGGCUCAGGCAACCGAUGAGCAGAUCCGUACUUUUUUCAUGAGGAAUCAACAGGCUCAGAUGCAGCAGCAGCAACAAAUGACGCCUCAGCAAUUACAGCUUCAACAACAACAAACCUUGAGGCGAAUGCAAAUGCAACAGCAACGUAUGAAUCAGCAGAACGGGCAACAACUUCAGCAGCCGGGACAACCACUGCAGAAUGCCAAUAAUGCCAUACCAGCUGCAACAGUAAUGCCAGCUCAAAUACCUCAGCAAAAACAACCUCAACCAGGUCCUGAACUGCCAAAUUCCAAUGCGAGCGCUGCAAAUGCAUCUCGUGCUGCUCGCCCACAGCCACCAGCCGGCCGCAAUCAAGCACGGAAUUCAUCACCAGCCCCACCAGCCAAGAAUCUGAAGCGUGCGAGUAGCGACGAUGUCGUUGAGAUUCCUCGGCCAGCACCUCAGCAAACCCAGCAACCUAAACAACCAAACCAGCAGGCUCGUGGAAAUCUAAGUCGAGAGCAAGUAGCUGCACUCGACCCUGAAAACCGAAAGAAAUAUGAGGCUAUGAUGCGAGGGCAAGCGAGCCAAGCAAGCCACCAACAAGGGGCGAAUCAAUCCAUUGCCAACCGUGCUGGUCAACCAAAUCCAGAACAGCAAGCCAAAUAUCGGGCUAUCCAGAGGGAAGAAGAGGAACGGGGCAAAGAACCACUGCCUGAUAUCCCUAUGGAUCCAGAUACGAAGGCAUCUACGGAAGAGCUGUUGAAAGCGAUAGUCCCGCCAUUGAACAAUGUUGGACGUGUCGUUUUACGAUGGUAUUUAGUUACACUUGAUGACGUGCGGACUCGGGCGUUUUUCCGGGCUCGCUUGCGGCUUGCGAAGCAAUUUCGUGAUGGUCUCGCGAUGACGCAGCUCAAAGACACCUUUUCUGUCAUGCCCAAAGAGAUUGAGAACACUCGACAGAUGUUGAAUGGUAUGGUAGCAGAUCUAAGUGCUAGAUUCCCCAAUAUGAAGAAACAAGAGGUAGCCAAAUCUCAACCAUCCUCGACGUCUGCUACUCAACCAACGCCUCAGGCUUCACAGUCUGCUCAGGCUCCAAGUGUGCCAACUCCAUUGAAUGCGGCCAAUCUACAGCAGCAACAGCAACAACUGAAUAAGCUGCAUCAGAGAUCGAACAGCCGUAGCUCUCACACCCCGGCAGCCCCAACAACACAACAAGCUCCGUUUCAUUUUGGAGCAACUUCGCCUCAUGGAGCACCAUCCUACAUUGGCAAAUCGACCGUCACGCAAGACAAUUUGCAGCUCCCACCUGCUCGAAAGAAGCAAAAGCAAACAGCUGCCCCUGGCCAAGGUACUCCUGGCUCUACAUCUUCUCCUCAAGUGCCCAAGGCGGCAUCGCCCGAUGUGAAACGGCAACCAGUCGACUCGAAAUCACACCUAAAGCCUUCACUAUGUUGCUCAGAGCCUGAUUGCGAACGACACACCGUUGGCUUUGACAACGAAGAAGACCUGAAGCGCCAUACCCAGGAAGAGCAUAUCAGGCCUCUGGAGAACCCUCUGAAAUAUGCCGACGAGAACCUAGCUGCUAUCUUGGGUCUAGAUUCUCAAGGGCAGGCCAAAAAGGCCGUCGCAUCCACUCAGGAUUCAACGAAGAUGGUUGCAAGUGGCUCCAAACAAGGGCAGACGCCGAAUGUAAAGACGGAAACUACUCCUGCAGCAGGCACACCAAUGAACCGACAAGCUUCUAUGAAUCGCCAAGGCAGCGCUGUCAGCGCCAGACCUAACACUCAGUCAAAAAAUGGUGCAGCAAAGGACGCAACUGCAAAACCUCAAGUAGGACAGAAGGAUUUGGGCAACCAAGCGCCGCAGGAAACUUCCACCUUGGUUCCUUGGGCAAAUGCCACUAUCGAUCCUCAUGACCUCCUGCACAGCUUCCAACCAUUCGAGACCGGAGCCGGUGGGGCAAUCUCGGAUCUCAACGUCUACCGCUCGAUCACCCCCAACGACACGCCGGAAUCGAGUAAGGACGGAGUGUCCGAACCUAAUACUGACAUCUCAGAAGGCGUUGGGCUGGAUAUCAACCUUGAUGUCUUUGAUGACAGCUGGAUGCCAUUUGGCCCGAGCGAAACUGAUGGGCUGUUCGACAUGAACAGCUACAAUGUCAAUAGUGUGGAUGAUUUGACGAUGUUUGAUGAUGACCAACAAAUGGUCAACUUGCAGCCAUGGGAUGAUAUGAUGGAUAUCUCUGCAUUGGACAAGCCGUUUUCUUUUGAUAAUUCCCUUUAUUCUAUGCAAGCCGACUAG